CGGACGGAAAAAGCCGAGCGGAGCCGAGCGGAGCCGAAGGGGUCUAGCGACCAUAUUUAUCGCGUUUGCGGCCGCCGUCGUUUUUCCUUUCCAAUAGUUUUGAAUUAUUUUCCCUGUCUGCUAUUAUUUUAAUCAUUGACAAUGCCGUCUCUGCUAUUUUGCGGGCCCAAAUUAGCCGCCUGUGGGAUUGUGUUAAGCAUCUGGGGUGUCAUCAUGUUGGGGAUGCUGGGGAUCUUCUUCAGUGCUAAAUCCGCUGUGCUGAUCGAGGACGUUCCCUUUACUGAGGAAGACAUCAGGAACGACAAAAACCCACCCCAGGCAAUCUACAGCCUAUACAACCAAGUGGCGAUCAACUGCUUCAUUGCUGCGGCCGUGUACGUUGGAGUCGGCGCCAUCUCUCUCUGCCAGGUUCGCCUGAACAAGCGCCAGGAUUACAUGGUGACAUAAGCAGAGGAUAUUCAGCGGUCGAUCAAAUCUUCUAAAUGUUAUUUAUUUGCAGAUCACUUUAUUUAUUAUAAUGGAUCGGUUGUUGUAGCAGUUUGAGGUUUUUGUCUUUAGGAAAAAUGGAAAAUUAUAUAUAAAAAAAAAAAUGAGUAUGAUCUAUCAUUGAUCAGCAAAACAGCUGUAAAUUGCUCUUAUGCAUGUAUGUGAAGAUGGAUGUUCUGUGAAUUACACAUUCCUAUAGCAGAUAACCCUAAAAUAAAAUGAAUCACUGGACCACACAAAAUGUUAACUGCAUCAUUCUAUAGGCAAAAAACAAGUGACUUUAGUGUGAAAAAAUUCCUGUCUAUUGAUGUGUGGCUCUUUAUAGUAAUAGGAACAUGUUAUUAUUGUGUGAUUUAUGUAUUCAUCUCUUUGUGUUGGAAAUUAUUCCUCCUCAUACUGAUUAUAUUUUUCCCUUUUCCUUAUCUACAUUAUAUGAAUGUAAUGGCAGUGAGACAUUACUCUGAAGAAAUGAAAAAAAACAUGAAGUGGAAAUAAAAUGCUUAUUUCAA